GUUUUUGUAAGUUAUGUACCCUUUUCAGUUUAUUGUGCUAAAAUUAAAUUUACAAUACUGAAACAGUAGCCUACUGACUGAAAUGAGUAAAAUGCAACCGGAGCCUGUGUUAGAGGAUGGUUACCUGAAACCUGUUGAAUUAGUUGAUGUGUUUGUAGCCAAUGUAGUGGAUAAAAAGAAAACAUCACAAAUUGUUAAAGAACUGGCAAUGAUUGCACCUUUAACUGAUCUACAGCAUCUUAAAAGGGUUAGAAUAUCUACAGAUAAAGGAGGACCAUUACAGAUAGUGCUUUACAAAAAACCUCCAAUAGAAAUUCAUAAAAAUAAUGUAGAAGCUUCUCCUUAUGUAGACUUACACAAAGUCAUUUCUUGUAUUGAUGGGAUUGGAAAUAUAUAUCUAGUUAAAGUUCCAUCAUCUCCACCAUUAACAAGACACCAAUACAAUGAAGCAAUCAAGUACUGGCCCGUUAACUUUCAUGAGGAUAAACAAAUUUCCAGUUUGUUAUCAGGCAAGUACUUCACAGAUGAAGAGCUGAAAGAUAUAGAAAGAUAUAUGAAGAUGGCUGUGGAACUUGCGUUAAUUGCCAAACGCAGCAAUCAACAACCUAUUGGAGCAGUUAUUGUAGAUCCAGUAAAUAAAAAAGUGAUUGCUGAAGCGUAUGACUUACGUCAGGCUGGGUAUUCUCUUCAGCAUGCAGUAAUGGUAGCUGUAGAUCUAGUAGCACACUCACAGGGAGGUGGUAUGUGGCAAUUUAAAGAUAGAGAAUGUGGUUUAAAAUAUUCACAGCACCACACAUCAGAAAUUAUCAAUGACAAAAAUGGACCAUACUUAUGCACUGGAUAUGAUUUGUUUAUUACUCAAGAGCCAUGUACAAUGUGCAGUAUGGCAUUAGUACAUUCUAGAAUAGGAAGAGUGUUUUAUGGCUCAUCUCACCCUGCAGGAGCUUUAGGAACUCACUAUAAAAUUCACUGUCAGCAAGGUCUGAAUCAUCACUACAAAGUGUUCAAAAAUUGCCUUUCACUAGAAACUGACAAACUGUAUCAAUGCAGUUGAUACUUGCUCAUGUUUUAAAAGUAAAUUAAAGUUUUGGAAUGUCAUAUACUGCUGAUGGACUUUUUAAUAUAUUUAUUAUAUAAUUUAAUGAAUAAUUUGUGCAAAUAAUGAUCCACUAGUAAUAUAUGAAAAAAAUGUAAAUCAUAAUAUAAAAAUGUUUGUUUUAUUGUACUGUGUUUUAAUAGUUUUAUGUAAAUAAAACGAAUUCCUGCUGAU